ACACGACCAGAGUGUUUUCCACGGUUACCCCGGUAACUUUUCUAAUUUCUGGUUUCCCGAGUGUAGGAUUGUGUGUUUAUCGGACAAUGAUGGCAGAUGAAUUGGAAGUGGGUAAGCCUGGUGCCACAGCAAAGUCGCCAGAAGAGCUGGGUGUCCAAGCAGUAAGUGGCGUUGCGGUUGAGAACGGCGCUUCAGUGGAACUCAGCGAGCCCGAUGAUCUGGCGAACUAUUUAGAACUGAAAUCGGAAGCAAGGGACCCGGGCAAAAAACUGUGCGGCUACCUCAACAAGCUGGGGGGCAAAGGACCGCUGAAAGGUUGCAAGACCCGCUGGUUUGUGUAUGACCAGAAGACAUGCCAUCUGUAUUACUUCCGAACAACCCAGGACAAUAGCCCGUUAGGGAGAAUAGACCUGUCCAACGCUGCCUUCAAUUAUUGUGUGGAAGCAGACGAAGGAACAUUUGAAAUCUCAACUCCGCAAAAGGAUUAUACACUGAAGGCAAAGAAUAAAGAUGCCAUGAUGUACUGGUUGCAGCAGUUACAGCAGAAACGUUGGGAACAUGGUGAGGAGCAGAAUUAUCCCCUUACAGAUGACCUCAGCAUCUCCACAGAGCAUCCCGAGUUAUCACCAGCAUUCAAAACAGAAGGCAUAACAGCUGUCACACCCAGGAGGUGUGUCACUAAAGCUAUGUCUGAUUGCCAGUUAACCAUAUCAAAGAAUGUUUUUAAUGCAAAAAUCAGUCUGGUUGAUCGAGUGAAUGUGAAAUCUUCUGAGUAA